UGUUUGCUUUUCUAGUUGUCCGAAAAUUCUGUAAUAACAUUAUAUAGUCAAAAUCUAAAUUAUGUGUUCCGCAUGGAGAGUAAAAAUGUGCUGCGCGUUAUUUGUUUCCGCUAAAUAAUUGAAAUGGCGAGUUUUUGGAUCUGAUGUAUUUAGUGGGCCACAUUCUGCCAUAUUAUAAACAAAUCUUUGAUGUGACAAAUAUACAUACACACAGCUUUAAAUGUUUGUUAAACCAUUUGGCUGGCAUAAUAAGGCUCCGAUACCGAUAACGAUAUACACACCAAUACAUAGCACGCAUCUCUAAACGAAACUAAUUCGGCGACAAUUUUUUUUUAGUUGAAAGGAAUUAACACAAAAAAUUAAAUCAGUGCAGUGCUCACACAUAUCCCGCGUGCAACGGGACGCCAAAAAACUAGAAAAGAUACUGUUCGAGGUGGGAUAAUCAAACUCGUGUGGGACACGAUGAGUGUGUUGGCAUAUCCACGUAAAAAUGAUGAGGAAAUAUUUCGUCAAUGCACAAAGGAUUGUGGCGUUGUGACGGCUACCGAGGACUUUCAAUCGUUCGCCUUGUGCUGCAUUUUCUGCAGCGAAAAGUUUCUCUACUUCGAUGCAUUCAUUGGCCACAUGCAAACAGUGCACAUGGAGGACGCGCAGCGCACGAUGGAGGGCUCUGGCUCCGCCACGGGAGCCAGCAUGUCCUACCCCAUGAGCCAGCCCAUGGCGCUGGGCGUAGCCGAUGACGAUGAUGCGGAUGUGCAGCACGACUACGCCAACAAUGGCAUGCACCAAUUUGAUGAGAUCGAAGACUUAACCGACGCAGACACUGCCCUGCUGGAGCCCCAAAUGGUGAUCAAACAGGAGCUACAAGAGCUGGACAGCAGCAACGAAGACGACGCCGAAGACAUCGACGACGAGGAGGAAGACGCCAACAACCUCCCAGUGCCCGAUGAUAAUGAUAACGACGAUGUCGAAGAUGAGAGCGAAGCAAUACUGCCCGAAAACGAUGUGCCCACACCAAGCGCCAGACCUCGGAUAAAGCUGAGAGGACCACCGCCACACCCAGCCCGGCACAUGGUCUCCAGAAUACAUGUCAAAAGCGAGCCCCUGCCCAUCGAGGGCGAUGAGUCCAUGGAUGAGUACGGCGAAAACGAGGGCGAGAGCUAUGCGGACGACAAUUCCGGCGAGUAUCAGGACUACAGCAGCAGCAGCUACAAUGCGCAAGGCACCAAUCCGCUGGCUGGUGAAUCUGAUUUUCUCAGCUACGACGAAAUGGUUGAGGAGUCUUUAAUUGGCCGGGAUCGUGAGCUGACCAUGCACAUCAAGGAUCGCAAGAUGAUACAAUUCCUGAUACACUCGUACAAGCGAAAUCCAUUCCUUUGGGAUCACAGUCAUGCCCAGUUCCGGGAUCGUGUGAAGCGUGCCCGCUUCCUGGACUGGAUUGUGCUCGAGUUCAAGAACCGCUUCAACAUCUCCCUGGCCAAGGAUGCCAUCACACGUAAAUGGGACAAUUUGCGCACCGUCUACAAGCGGGAAUGCAAUCGCAUGGCACUCGAAAAGACAAAUAUCAGCACGCUGUGGUACUUCAAGGAACUCCAUUUCCUGAACGAGGUCUACAGCUAUAACUCGAAAAUGUCCGAUGCCGUUGUGAAGGAAACGUCAUACAGGCGUCGCUUCUCGGCCAUUUGGAAUGAUACGUCGACAGCGAAGCUGUUGGUGAUGGUGAAGCGUUAUCAGUGCUUUUACAAUCGGUUCGACCCGGACUAUCGGAGCAAGGAGCGCCGGGGCGAGGGCCUGCAGCAGAUGGCAAUGGAACUGCAGCAGCUGAUCGAUGUGACCACCAUACAGAUAUCAAAGCGAAUCUCGCAGCUGCGCUUCGACUACUCCAAGCAGAAGAGCGAACGUCUGAAUGCGGAACGAAUGGGUCGUAAAUUCAUACCGAAUUAUAUCUACUACGAUCAGAUGAGCUUCAUGGACGAUGACAUACCGCCAUUCAAGUGCCAGCAUUGCGGCGAAAUUGUGCAAACGCUGCGGGAACUGGAUCUCCACAUGCUCAGCCAUCAGCCGAGCCUGGGCGGUGGCUACUACUGCAACGUGUGCAACAUUCAGUUCAACAAUGCGGACGAGUUCGAGAAUCACAAGCAAUUGCAUCUGGGCGCCGGCCACGAGGUCAAAUAUAACUGCGAACUGUGCACGGCCAGCUUUCGGGAGAAGUCCAACUAUGACGAGCAUUUGCGUCGCCACAACGAUGAGCUCUUCCUGCCAACAUUGGCUCUGAACCACAGUAUCCUGGACAGCGCCAGUGGGGACGUGGACGGUGCUGGCGGCGAUGGGACAUCCAUUGUGGGGGCCGGCGAGGAGGAGGAUAUGUUUCCGCCGGAUGGCCCGAAGCCGUUCGCCUGUGAGGUUUGCCAUCGCACGUUCGCCUCGCCCGGCCAUCUCAACGCGCAUCGCAUUGUGCAUCAGGAUGAGCGCGAGCGAUGCUACAAGUGCGACUAUCCGCAGUGCAGCAAAUCGUUUGUGUCCCGCCACAGUCUGUUCGACCAUCUGAAGCAGCACUACAGCAACGAGGAGUUCAAGUGCGACAUCUGCGGCAAGAUCUUCAAGUCCACCAAGAAUCUGCAGAACCACAAGCAGAUCCACGACAAAGUCAAGCGCUACGUCUGCCAGAUAUGCGGCUCGGCAUUCGCCCAGGCUGCUGGCCUCUACCUGCACAAGCGACGUCACAAUCGUCCCAAUGGCACCACCGGCGCCGUUGGCGGUCGAUCCAGCCGCACCACGCUGUGAGCGAUCCGUUCCAGACCCAAGCGGUUAUCCUGAUAUGUGUUUUGCCUCAGAUAAAGCACAAGCACGCACACAUAUACACACACACAUACAUAAAAAUUAUUUCUAAAUUAUUGCAAUGUCCUCCAAUGCCAAUGUUUGGCAGCUAUUUUAAACGCGUUUUUUUCUUUUGAAUAAUGUAUUAAAUUAAUUUUAG